GCUUGAAUGAGUGUGCGCGCAGGUGGAGGCGCCGGGUACGGCGUCGGGGCACAGUGACCGGCUAGACUCCGCUGGGGUCAGCUGUGUGAAGGAAGGUGGUGGUCGCUAUACCGCUGUGGCCGCUGUUACCCAGACAUGAAAGUCGAAAAGAAGAUGAGUUGUGACGAGAGCCAGCAGACGAAGGACCUGCCAGAAGGUGAGGUGAAAGACCUGCAGCAGCAGGAGACAUCAGCCACCACCACUACCAGCAGCAGUGGCAUCAGCGUCGCCGUCGGUACGGAUGACUUCCAUUCUGAUGAAGGAUCCAUCUCCGAUUCCGAUUCACAAGCAGCCCCAGGGCAGCCGUCCAACUCCCGCGCGAGCUCCGACGCUGAGCAGGGCGCCAGCAGAAGCUCCAGGACCUGCAGGGUGUGCGGCGAUAAGGCCAAGAGCAUGCACUUCGGAGGUCUGUCGUGCGACUCGUGCAAGGCGUUCUUCCGGCGAGCUGUCCAUCACGACGCGUUCGUCAACUUUUCCUGUCCGUACGAUGGAAACUGUGUCAUCAACAUUGCCUCCAGGAAAUGUUGCCAAUACUGCAGGUACAAGAAAUGCACGUCUAUCGGGAUGGAGCGAUCAUGGGUGAUGUCGGAAGAAGACCGCGCUCAAAUGAUGAAGCACAGGGCGGAGAAGAAGGCCAAGAUGGCGGACGACACAGGCAGGUCGAGAAGCCUCAAGGACGGCAAGAGGGAGCUCUUGCCAUUCGAGCCAGACCAGGACACCAUGCUCGAGCACAUGACAGCAACGGAGCGGGAUGAGGUGGAGCGGGCGGUGCUGAACUACAGACAGGCGUACACCGAAGUUCCCUACCGCCCCAACCUGAAGGAGUGCAACAUAGAGCGUCCCAGCGUUCAGAUCAUCAACAUGUUUACCACCAUCGUCAGACGCUUCGCUUAUUUUGCUAGGCUCUUCCCCGAGUUCUGCGACCUUCCUCCCCAGGACCAGGAGAACUUGCUUCGCAGCGGCAUCUUGGAGAUGUCACUGAUCCGAGGCGUCCAGAGCUUUGACACGGAGAACAACCGCUGGCCCAACACCAGCCACCAGCUCUACAAGGACGCCCCAACGCUCAGAGUCGAGGACAUGAAGAAGCUCGUCUCGUGCGAGCUCUACGAGAUGCACAUGAAGUUUAUCCACAGCCUGAAAGACUUGAACGUGGACGAGCCUGUGAUGAUGCUUCUACUGCUGAUUGUACUCUUUACCAGCGACCGCCCCGGGCUGGUUGCUGCCCCUACCAUCCAGACCCGCCAGGACCACUACCUCCAGCUCCUCAGGCAGUACCUCGGGUGGCGCUACGGGCCCCACAACGCCCCCAUCCUCUACCCGCGCCUCCUCGUCAAGCUCACCGACCUCCGCGAACUCAACGACCAACACACCGAGUACAACCUUAAACUGGCCAAGAAGGAGAUUGCAGAGAUACAGUUGCAACUCGGCCAACUGAACCUCAACCCUUACACUCAGUGGCCCACCAUCAUGCACCAGCAAAGCGGAUCGCCCUCUCUACCAGUAUCUUCUCGGAGAGAUGUAGGCUCCUCCGCAGGUCCCGAGGGCAGCGUUCCUCCGCCAGUAGUCCCUAUGCAAGUGAGCCUGAGCCCGGACGCGCCCAGCGCCCCCGGGGAAGCCACCGUGGCGGGAAUGGUCCCUGGUGCGCCGCUCGCUGGCAACAUCGGGGGUACAUUUGCUUCUGGAAUUGGCGGGCUCUUGGCGUCGCUGGACUUGGAACAGUUAGCGAAUAACCCGACCUUCCAGCGGCUAAUAAUGCAACAGUUCCAAAAGUCAAUUAUGAACGUCCUAAGCUCUCCCAACUUUGAUCUGGGCAAUCUUUUCCCUGACGGGCGUACAAUGUACGAACACCAGCAACAUCAGCAACAACAACAUCAACAGCAGCAGCAACAUCAGCAGCAACAACAACGACAGCAACAGCAACUACACCAACAACAACUUCAGCAACAUCAGCAGCAACAGCAGCAACUGCAGCAACAACAACAACAGCAGCAGCAGCAGCAGCAGCAGAAGCUCUCAUCUCAGUCACAUGGUCAAGCAGAGCAUGUUUCACUUCCUGCCCAAGACUCGGACCUCAUGACGCAGCUGGACUAUAUCAGUUCUAGCCAUCAAAGCAGCCUACAGGGCGUCCCGCAAUCCCAGCAUGCUCUUAUGCAACUGGAGCCUCAACCCAUGGAUGGUGUGGGUGAGUAUGGCGAUUUUGAAGAACAGAACCACCACCAUCAACGGCAACAGCAGCUUCAGCAGCAGUACCAAUUUCAUUUGCAGCAACAGCAGCAAGCCCUAUUUAUCCAGCAGCAACAGCAGCUGCAUCAACAGCGGCUACAACAAGAGCAGCAACAGCAGAUGCAUCAGCAAAGUAUGUCAGGAUCGGGUUUGAUCAUUCCAAAGCAGGAACCAAUAACGCCUACGUCUCCCACUGUACACACUCCGCAUCCCUGGAUGGAACACCCGCUGCUCUACGACGACCCUCACAGUCCUACCCAUCUACAUCAGCAACAUUCCCAACCUCACGACCCCCACUUCCCUCCCCAUCAGCAUUCCCCGCCUCACGACUCCCACUUUCCUCCUCAUGAACAUCAGCAACAUUCCCCACCUCACCAGUCUUCCCCCUCACACAGUGGCUCACGAGAAGAUUGUUCGCGUCUAAGGCGCAAUUCGUUGACUGACUACUCUGGUCUUACUCAUUUUCGGAAUAUGUUGGAAGAGUUCGCCACCUUAGACAACCCAGACCAUCUUCGGCAAGUGAAAAAGAUACUGGGUGAUGAUUUAGUAUCAUCUUUACAGCAUAGGUUAAUGGGAUCAACAGUGCAGUCACGACUUGACUUCCCACAGCAGCCUCUUCCACCAUCACCAUCACAUUCUCUGUCUCCAUCACCACCACACACUCUUUCUCCAUCACCACCACACCCCCUGUCUCCAUCACCACCACACACUCUUUCUCCAUCACCACCACACCCCCUGUCUCCAUCACCACAACACCCUAUGCUUCCAUCAUCACCACACCCCCUGUCUCCAUCACCACAACACCCUAUGCUUCAACCACCACACCCCCUGUCUCCCUCACCAUCUCACCCCCUGUCUCCAUCAUCACCACACUCUCUGUCUCCCUCACCACCACACUCUCUGUCUCCAUCACCACCACACCCCUUGUCUCAACCCUACGUCUACUCACCCCCAGCUACUUACCAGUAUUUUCAAACAGGGGAUUACCCUGAAGAGGUGACGAUAAGCAGUGUCCCUGCUAACCUCUGCUCCCCCGACCCACACUACAGUCUUGCAGACACCUCGUCUUUCUGCAGAAGCCAACAUCGAAUUUUGCCGCCACAUUUAAGCCUUGGGUCCGCCCCGUCACCCUCCAUGGCUGCCGCCAGUGUCCCCAAUACGGGGUUCCGGUACAACUCAGACCUCCUCAAUAAUGUCUCGUCCACUACGUGAUUUGCAAAUUAACUUUAAGUAUUUGGCUUUAGUGUAUUUUUCUUAUUCCUUCUUAUCGUUUGUACAUUAUUAUUAUUGUUUUUACUGAUUAGUUCCGACUGUUUUAAAUACGAAAAAACCCGCCUUUGUGGCAGAGUAAUCAAUAAUAUUGAUAAUAUUGUUGCCUUAUACGUUAAAUGAAGAUUUAAUUUUAUUUAAAGUAUACGAGCGGAUGAUACUGUUGCAUUUUGAUAAUGUAUUAUUCAUAUUUACACUAAAUAAAGUUUUCAGCUGCAUCAAUGUUAAAGGUACUUAUACAACUCGUUCUUUGAAUUCAACAAUUACAGUUUUUUGUCAGCAUUACAGCUGUAUCUAAUUGCAACUUCCUGUGGACAAUAUCGAUGCCUUCUCUUGCAACAUCUUGAAUGCAAUACUAUUGUAGGUUCGUCUGGAAGGAACUUGAUUAUUAUCAGAGUCAAUGGACUAGAAGGAAUGUAAUUUCCAGUUCAAGUUAGUGUUUGAAAGUACUUGCUCAGGAUAAAUUAAUUCAUAAGCUGCCAUUGUUUUUCAAAUCGUAGUCAUUGCAAUCAAAUCUUGCAACUGAUCAGACCUGUCCAUUCCCACCACGUCUAUCAGCGUUAUUAUUCCAUUGAAUAAUAUGCCAUAUGAGGUUCAUCUUUCUAAAUCUAACUCAAAAAUAUAACACUCAAAAUCUAACAAAAUAUAUCUUAUAUUUUUAAAGG